AUGUCGGUCCCCAGGAUGAAGCACACCGUGUAUGACCGCUUGCUGAAGCGAGAAGUCGGCCACCAGCGCAGGACGUACACGGAUAUUCGAGGCAUCUAUGGCGACAGGCACUGGGUGGACAAGCUUGAUAUUGUGAACGAGCUGGAGGGCCACAAUGGUUGUGUGAACGCUCUGAGCUGGUCGAGGUCCGGCCGUCUCCUUGCCUCCGGCUCCGACGAUCACCGAAUCAACAUUCACUCGUACAACCCAGGCUCGGACACAGAGCAGUUCAACCUGACCACAUCUAUCGUGACAGGCCACCGAUCCAACAUCUUCUCCGUCAAGUUCAUGCCCUACUCGAACGACCGCACCCUUGUCUCGGCGACCGACGACGUUCGCAUCUUUGACAUCGAACACUCGGGACACUCUGCGUAUGGGUCAGGGAGCAGACAAAGGAGCGGAGGAACAAGGCCCAGCAUUCAGCAGGUGCGAAACGCCGUCACCCUCACCGGAGCAGAGACGAAUGAGAGGGCCUUUCGAAGCCACAACGAUACAGUGAAGCGCAUCGUGACGGAGGAUAAUCCCUUCUACUUUCUGACAUGCUCCAACGAUGGCGAUGUACGGCAGUGGGACGUAAGACAGCCUUCGAAGACGUAUCCGCCUGCACAAGACGCUCGACUGCCAUCGUGGGCUAGGGAUCCAGACGCUACCGACAGUGUGCCACCGCCGCUUAUAUCCUACAGUCGCUAUGGUCUCGAUCUAAACACCGUCUCCUGCUCACCGUCACAGCCGCACUACAUAGCACUUGGCGGUGCGCAUCUCCAUUGUUUCCUCCACGAUCGACGUAUGCUUGGCAGGGAUAAGAACCGCGAGCGCGGGUCCCGAUUGUCGAGUCCGAGCAACUGGACAGAAGAUGAUGAGGAGCUGUUAGGCCAGGCCACCCAGUGUGUCAAGAAAUUUGCGCCCAGCGGCAAACAACGUAUGAAACGCAACGACGGUGGCCACAUUACAGCAUGCAAGAUCAGUGACGCGUAUCCCAAUGAGCUGAUUGUGAGCUGGUCGCAAGACCAUAUCUACAGUUUCGACAUUCACCGGACGCCAGAUGCACGUGAGAAGGUCGCAGCAUCAAAGGUCACCACUGGUGAUGUCACAGGUCGCGUCAAGGACAAGAGUCGGAAGCGCAAGCGUCCCAAGUCGAGCACCCAAGAACCUGCAGAUCGAGCGAGUUCGAGACAGCGAACCCAGAGUGUUGAUGAUGACUUGGCCCUUCGAGUUAGGUACGGGAACGGUCAAUCUGAAGACAUCCGCAUCGGGGCUCCUACAAGUUCCCGCAUGACGCAAGAAGAGCUGACUGAGCUGCGUGGGACGGAUCACUUUCGAAUUGCAAAAACCGCGGUCAAGAUCAAGAAGCGCAUAUUUGAUCUCGCUGAUCACGGCGAAUCUGGACUACAUCUGGCUUAUACAUCGCUCCUCGGCAUGACGCACUCCAUCCUCUCGGAUAUGGACGACGUGUCUCGAUCGUGGGGCUAUCCGCUCGACCCCGAUCCCGUCGAUGUUGCAGUGCAGAACAAACUACGUGACGAUCGAGCUGCAUCUCGACGCUUUGUUCAAGCAGCUGGCACUCUCUCACGAGUAAUGGGUGGCCAGCUCUUGACGGGAUCCAGCUCCAGCUCAGACGCUGCGAUCUCGCAGUACUUUGCCUUUGUACAGCAUGCGCCGAGGGAACGAGAACUACCGCAACACGAGCAGUUUGGUUAUGACUUCUUGAAGGCUAUCCUGCUGUGGCUUGACAGCGGCCCAGGCGCAGUCGUGGAAGGCUUCUCUAGCCGAAGUGGAAGCGAUCGUAUGCCAAUACCGCAAGACGCGGAUAUGGACGCCAUUGAGGAGAUACUCAUCCCUUACUUGCUGGACCUGGCAAGCGAAGAUCCAGUCGUCAACGUGGAUGUGUCGAGGUUCAUGACUGAUGAUAUCCGGGUGCUCUUCCCCACCGAGGUUGAUGCCGUUCGCGCCUUCUCACGAGCGAUUUCGAUACCCUUUGCCGACCUGACCGGUGAUGAAGAGGAUGAGGACAAGCCCCGAUAUGCCAACCAGGAUCGAGACGCUGCGAAGCUGAAAUGGGGCCACCAGAUCGGAAGAGGCAUUCUACUUAAUGCGUCAAAGAAUAUCAAGUUCGCUUUUGUAGACCGGGCGUUUGGUGGCAGGGGUAUCUCCGACUCCAGCAUACGAGCGGAGGAGAGGGCAUUGAAGGAACGGCAAGAAGACAUUGAUCCAAUCGAAGACGAGAUUGAGCAGCUGGGCGCUGAGAUGGCCAGGGCUGAUGCAAUCAGUGAGUUGGAAGCGGCAUCAGGAUCAGGGCCAGGGUCUGAGCGUGUCCCUGCCGAAUUCGAAGAUGUGCUAGAUGGGGAAGACGAGGAAGGAUCUGAAGAAGAAGAGGGUGAGGAUGAGGAUGAUGAGGACGACGACGACGAUGAGGAAGACGACGACGAUAGCGAUGGCGAUGUGGAAGAAGAGGAGGAAGAGGAAGAGGAAGAGGAAGAGGAAUCGGGCUCAGAGGAUGAUGAAGGCUUGCGUCGAACGAGAAGCGGGCGCAUGCUGUGGAGAUCAGACUUUGGCCGGAGGAGAAACCAGAGGGGCAAGGUGGAGCGCGAUGUACCGUGUGCACCGCAUACCCGCGUAUACACCGGACACUGCAACGUCAAGACGGUCAAGGAUGUCAACUACUUUGGACUACAGGACGAGUAUGUUGUCAGCGGCAGCGAUUCCGGACACGUUUUCAUUUGGGAUCGCAAGUCAGCACAGCUGGUGAACAUCCUCGAGGGCGAUGGCGAAGUCGUCAAUGUCGUGCAGGGUCACCCCUACGAACCAACAUUGGCCGUGUCGGGCAUCGACCACACCAUCAAGAUCUUCUCGCCGGACACGCGCGACCAAAGCAACGCACGAAAAGGCAUUGGCGUCCAGUCGGCCGACUCGAACGGCUUCUCGAGUCUCCACUUCACCCGCCGCAGAAGGCCGAGCCGGCCUGAGCCAGACGUCGAGGCUGGUGACGACGAAGCAUUGAGCAACGACGACGGCGAGCAUGCGGUGAACGGGCUGAAGAGCCGCAAGCGCAUGCACCAGGCCUACCAGAUCACGUCGAAGAACGACAUGGACCGCAGGGGAGGACGGGAUGACUACUUCAUCUCGCAGGCCGUGUUUGCUCAGCUGGCAAGGCACAUUGCUGCCAACCAGGGCGCAGAGGGCAAUGCAGGCGAAGGCGGAGAGCGGCCGAUUGUUGUUACCGAGGACGAGUGCAGCGUUAUGUGA